UUAUAUUUUAUUUAGAUUGGAACCUAUCCAUUCCUUGUGUUUAGUGAGAUGAAUCUAAUUGAACUGGAUUAUAAUUGUUGUUAAUCGUGUUCUGCCACAAAAUUAUUUGUGCUCAUUGUUAAAAAGGAUUUAAAUAUGGCCCAAGAUGUGUCUAAUGAAGAUGGUUCGGGCAAGGCGGUAGAUGCAGCCAAAAUUAAGAAGGAAAAAAUUGACCCAGAAAUCGAAAAGAAACUUAUAGAUCAAAAGAAUAAGCAGGAUAAGCCAGUAUGUAAUGAGCAGCUAUCAUCAUUGAAGGACAAGACCUACCUAUAUGAUGGUAACACUUCUGAAGAUGAUGGUGAAGAUUCCGAUGAAACCGACUCUCAAAGCUCUCAAGAUCAUCCAGAAGAGCCGGAAGAAGACAAGAAAAAUAUAGAACCUGUCAAAAGUUCGAACGAGAUUUUGGCAGAGCUAUUUAAAGUGUUCAAUGCUGCACCUCCAGAAGAAUUGCUGGACGAUAAAAAUUUAAUUGAGAAAUCUUUGAAACACAAGAAAGAGAAGAAAAAGAAGAACAAGAAAAACAAACCCAAUGAGGAGCACAGUGAUGAAGGUGAUGCUGCCAAUGGACAAGGUUCUGGUGGUAAACACAAGAAGAAAAAGAAACACAAGCAUAAGCAUAAAGAUGGAGACAAAUCAAAAUCAAAGAAAAAGAGCAAGGACAAGGAAAGGGACAGAGACAAAUCCCGGGAGGAAAAGAAAGCAAAAGAAUCGGAUAAACCUCCAGAUAAAGCCAAAUCAAAAUCAAAAGAUCCACGUGUAGAUAGCUAUAAGUAUUCAAGCCGUGAGGAGGACAGGCACUAUAGCAAAGACUCAUUAGACAACAAAAAACAUAAUGACACAUCAUCCCACCGAACUUCCACAGAUUUUAAGAGGCAUCAUGAAAAAGAUGAUGUGGAUAAUAGCAAGCGACGUAAAACUGAUGAUAAGGAAAAGAAGUACAACUCAUUCUAUGAUGGCUUUCGGGAAAAAGAUUACAAAAGCAGCUCCAAAGAUAGACAAAGUGAACGAGUUAAAGAGGAACCCAUCAGGAUUAAAAAGGAAGUUGAAGAGAAAACUAGCGCCCGUAAAGUAUCUGAUGGCGAUAUAUCUGAGAUUUCAUUGUCCGAUGAGGAGUCUUAUCUUGAAAGAAAAGAGAAAGAUACAGAUUGUAAAAAAUAUAAAAGUAGCAAUAGUUUUUACUCUGGUUCACAUCGUAGCAGGAGCAGAGAGACUGACCGAACUUAUAGCAAUGAUCGAUAUCGCAGUCAUCACCGCAGAAGCAACUAUCAUUCACGUCGUUCAAAGUCGCGUUCGAGAUCUCGAGAUUUAGGAAUAGACAAAAAACGUCUUUUGGAAAUUGCUCGCAAGAAUGCCAUAAGUAUGUUUAAGCGAGGAAAUCUUCCCGGCUGCGACAAUAUGACAGAAGAUAUUAAAGACAAAGUGCUACUCAAAAUGCGCUACGGUGGUCGAACGGUGGAAGAUCUAACUGAGUUUUGUAAGAAAAUUUCAAAUGGAGAACAUCUAUCCGAUUUAAGCUCAGAUGAAGGAUCAGACAUUGACAAAAGUGGAAAUGCAAAAGCUUUCCAUCAUCCCUUUCAAUUGAAGGAACGGGAACCCAUUGUAAUGCAUAUACGAAACUCAAAACCCAUUUUACCAGCCCCUGCCAAAACCGAUGAACAAACCAAGACCAUAACAAUGCAAUUUCCUGUUUCCUCGGGCCAGCAACAUCGCAUGACUGAAGCAUGGGUUCCAGUAGAGCCUAAAGAAAAACUCCAACCUUUGCCAGUAUUGCCGGCAGCAACACAAUCGACAAGUAUAUUUAAAAGUAUAGCACCCAAAAAUGCUCUUGGUAAACCUUUGCCCAAGGAAAGUGAACAAGAGCCCGCAUUUAAACCAGUGGACGAUCCAACAUCAACUUCCAUGGGGGCUGCUGCUUCAACCCAAACAGUACUACCUCCAACAAAUAAUAAUCCUCCUUCCAACAUUGCGUUGACGCCUCAAUUACCCUUCAUGUGUGUUCCUCCACCACAGCCAGUUCCGCCAGCAGUUCCAGCCCCAUCUGUACCUCCUAUUGUACCUCCCCCAAUACCAGUUGUUCCGAAUAACUUUACACCCGAUGUACCCGUCCCUUCUUCUAGUAGAGAUUCUGUGUUUCCAGAUCCUCCGGCACAUACCAUGGAUGUAUCAUCCAUAAUAUCGAAACGCCUUAAUGCCAUGAGGAGACUACAGGAAAAUCCUAUGGAUUCUGAAGCUGCCAAAAUGUUAUAUUACUCGCAAAGGGAAAUGUCUUCAUGGGCUGCCUCUAAACAUCUGCCAGGACAAUUUACUGGCAGUACUGGGGUUAAUGUGCUCAAACCAAGUCAGUUAAAUUCAGGGCCUCAAGUCUGGGCUAAACGAGAUCAAUUAACAUCAACCAAACCGGUCACCGGCGGCAUGGGAAUGCACCUUUUACAGAAAAUGGGUUGGAAACCAGGCGAAGGCUUAGGCAGAGAAAAGAAUGGUUCUUUACAACCUUUGCUUCUUGAUGUGAAAUUGGAUAAACGUGGACUAGUUGCACAAGAAGAUCUUAGGCCAGUGAAACCAAGACGAGGUGGUGGUAGCGGCGGUGGCGGUGGCGGCGGAGGAGGAGGAGGAGCCCCACCACCAAUUCCUCCAAAUCCCCAAGACAAACAUCCAGUUUGUCUAUUAAAUGAAAUCACCACAAAAUACAAAUGGACCCCACCGCUAUAUACUCUUGUCCAUGAAAAUGGACCAUCACAUAGUCGAAUGUUUUUGUUCUCGGUGCAGGUGAAUAAUGAAACCUAUACUCCAGCAAAAUUGUGCAACACAAAGAAAGAAGCCAAAUUUCAGGCAGCCAAACUUUGCUUACAACAAAUGGGUAUAUUACCUCCAGAUUAGCAAUAACAUGUGGCUAUUUUGUGGUUAUGUAGUAAACGACAUUACUACUAUUUUUUCUGAUGUUACUACUUUCUAGCUUAGGACAUGUAAAUUAUUCUAGUUUUAGCUAUAAUAAUUGAAUAAAUUCUAUUAUUCUUUAUCAUGCCAUGAUAAAUAGAAAUAAAAACUACAA